CAUUCAGUCCAGCCUGAGACUCGGCAGGUGAAAGGCAUUGUGGGAAAGUUGAUCUAUUUUCCAGAGAGGGUGUUGAAAUCUGGUAGUUUACUUAAUGGAGACCUUGGCAAUAUUGCACAGGUGUACCCUGGUAAACAAAGUAAUACCAACCUUGUGAAGAGAUUUAAAAACCGCCUUCACUGGAACAAUGUCACUGGAUUCUUCACUUUGUCAGACCUACAAAUAGAUGAUUCUGGGGUUUAUACUGUGGAGAAUGCAGUUAAAGAUGAAGAGAAGACGACACAUACAUUUCAGCUGACUGUGUACUGUAAGUGUGUGUGUGUGUGUGUGUGUGUUGUAAAUUACUAAAUCAUUAAAGUGGCACUCAGCAGCAGAAACAAUACUAAAGUGGUCGCGUUAUUGGUUUGGUAAAAAGCUGAGGAAUGGGGCUGGAGAAAUGUAACCACUCUCAAAUUCAUAGAGCUAUGGUUGCAAGGACUGAUCAACCAUUAUAUAAGAAGUAUAGUUUUAACCAUGUUUUGUGACUAUAUAUUGUUUGUUUACAAUUUCUUUGUUUACAAACACCGGAGUAAAACAAGCUUAUGUGUUCUCUGACAGAGACUAAGCUCAUGAGGCAUUUAUAAGUUAUAUUCUUCAAGAAUCAAUGGGUACAUAUAAUUAAUUUAUAAGUCCAAAAAUGGAUGUAGCAACUGUUCUUUGCCACUUUAAAUAAGUUCCAUUUCACCAAUUCCCAUUUAUUCAUUAUUUUCUUCCAGAUGUUCUGUCCAAGCCUCAGGUGACGGUCCAUGACAACAGCUCCUGUAGCGUGGUGUGUUCUGUGGAGAAUGGGAGAGAUGUGACCCUGUCCUGGUACAGAGGAGGGAAGCUACUCAACCGGCGCAGCAGCCCUGACAUCAACAUCUCCCUCUCUCUACCUCUCAAGGUGGAUGAACAGAACAGAGACUCUUACAGAUGUGAGGCUGCCAACCCAGUCAGCAAGGAGACCACUGUUACAAAUGUCUGUAUAGAGAGUGAUCCCUCCAAGGUGGCAGGUACAAAAAAAACAUUUACAGUAGCAAUGUUAAAUUGCUGAUAUCCAGACAAUACCAAAUCGAAUAUGAAAAAAUAAGUAUGGUAGAGCUCAUUUUAAGAAACACAAUGUUUUAAUUAAAAUAUUGUUUUCUCUCUUUUUACUUUAGAUGGUGAUGAGAGGACUCGAGGUUUUCUUAUUAUUGCUGUAAUCUGCGUUUUGUUUGCCUCAGGACUUGUUGGACUUCCAAUUUAUCUUGAGAAGAGGAGAAACGGACAAUCACAAGCA